AUGAGUGGAAGUGUAGAAAAAGUAUCUUCAGGAACCACAAAGACACCUGCAGAUUUCCUCAAAUCGAUUCGUGGGAAAGAUGUUGUUGUCAAGCUCAAUUCUGGUGUUGAUUAUCGAGGCAUUCUUACUUGUCUUGAUGGCUAUAUGAACAUAGCAAUGGAACAGACAGAGGAGUAUGUGAACGGGCAGCUCAAGAACAAAUACGGCGAUGCCUUUAUCCGUGGAAACAACGUUCUUUACAUCAGUACAGUCAACAGGACUUUGGGGGACGGAGCCUAG